GGGGUGAACGUCGGCCGCCCGACGCCGGGGAUCGGCGAGAACUGAGCCGCUGCCGGCGCGCGCGGUAUGGGCACGAGGCGUCUCCUCGCCCCGGCGCCCCGCCUGGCCUGAGCGCUGCCCCCCCGCCGCCCGCCACGCGCCGGAGCCGCGAGCACUAAUCCUCUCGGAAGCGGUGGGCUGGGACAGGAUGUGCGGACGAUGAUGAUGGCAAGGAAGCAAGAUGUUCGCAUUCCCACCUAUAACAUUAGCGUGGUGGGGUUGUCGGGGACGGAGAAGGAGAAGGGGCAGUGCGGCAUUGGGAAGUCCUGCCUUUGCAACCGCUUCGUCCGGCCCAGCGCCGACGAGUUCCACCUGGACCACACUUCGGUCCUCAGCACCAGUGACUUUGGGGGAAGGGUCGUCAAUAACGACCACUUCCUCUACUGGGGGGAGGUCGUGCGCUCCCUGGAGGACUGCGCCGAGUGUAAAAUGCACGUGGUGGAGCAGACGGAGUUUAUCGACGACCAGACCUUUCAGCCGCACCGCAGCACGGCCCUGCAGCCCUACAUCAAGCGGGCUGCGGCGACCAAGCUGGCGUCGGCUGAAAAGCUCAUGUACUUUUGCACUGAUCAGCUCGGGCUGGAGCAGGACUUUGAACAAAAACAGAUGCCGGACGGAAAGCUGCUGGUCGAUGGCUUUCUUCUUUGCAUUGACGUUAGCAGGGGUAUGAACAGGAACUUUGACGAUCAGCUGAAAUUCGUUUCGAACCUUUACAAUCAGCUCGCCAAAACGAAAAAGCCCAUCGUGGUGGUGCUGACCAAGUGUGACGAGGGCGUGGAGCGGUACAUUAGGGACGCACACACUUUUGCCUUAAGCAAAAAGAACCUCCAGGUGGUGGAGACGUCGGCCAGAUCCAACGUGAACAUCGACCUGGCCUUCAACACCUUGGUGCAGCUAGUCGACAAGAGCCGGGGAAAGACGAAAAUCAUCCCCUACUUCGAGGCUCUGAAGCAGCAAAGCCAGCAGAUCGCUGCCGCCAAGGACAAGUACGAGUGGCUGGUGAGCCGCAUCGUCAAGAACCACAACGAGACGUGGUCCAACGUCAGCCGCAAGAUGCAGGCCUCGGCGGAGUACCAGGAGUACGUCUACCUGGAGGGGACGCAGAAAGCCAAGAAGCUCUUCCUGCAGCACGUCCACCGCCUCAAGCAGGAGCACAUCGAGCGCAGGAGGAAGAUCUAUCUCGCCAAGCUCCCCCAGGCGUUCGAGGCCCUCAUCCCGGACCUGGACGAGAUCGAUCACCUGAGCUGCGUCAAGGCGGAGAAGCUCCUGGAGGCGAAGCCGGACUUCCUGAAGUGGUUUGUCGUCCUGGAGGAGACCCCCUGGGACGCCACGAGCCACAUCGACAACAUGGAGAACGAGCGCAUCCCUUUCGACCUGAUGGAGACCCAGCCCGCCGAGCAGCUUUACGAGGCUCACCUGGAGAAGCUGAGGAACGAGAGGAAAAGAGCGGAGAUGAGGAGAGCGUUCAAAGAGAACCUGGAGACUUCCCCUUUCAUCACGCCUGGGAAGCCCUGGGAGGAAGCCCGCAGUUUCAUCAUGAACGAGGAUUUCUACAUGUGGCUGGAGGAGUCCAUCUACAUGGACAUCUACAGCAAGCACCAAAAACAGAUCAUCGAGAAGGCCAAGGAGGAGUUCCAGGAGCUGCUCCUGGAGUACUCGGAGCUGUUCUACGAGCUGGAGCUCGACGCCAAGCCCAGCAAGGAGAAGAUGGGCGUCAUCCAGGACGUGCUGGGAGAAGAGCAGCGGUUCAAAGCCUUGCAGAAGCUGCAGGCCGAGCGGGACGCCCUGAUCCUGAAGCACAUCCAUUUCGUCUACCACCCGACGAAGGAGACGUGCCCGAGCUGCCCGGAUUGCAUCGACUCCAAGAUCGAGCACCUGGUCAGCUCCUGCUUCAUCAGGCCGCCCGAGCGCAACCAGAAGAACUUGCUCUCGGACGCCAACAUCGACAGGAUUAACCUGGUGAUCCUGGGCAAGGACGGGCUGGCGCGCGAGCUGGCCAACGAGAUCCGGGCGCUGUGCACCAACGACGACAAGUACGUGAUCGAGGGCAAGAUGUACGAGCUGUCCCUGCGGCCGAUCGAGGGCAACGUCCGGCUGCCCGUCAACGCCUUCCAGACGCCCACCUUCCAGCCCCACGGCUGCCUCUGCCUCUACAACUCCAAGGAGUCGCUGUCCUACGUCGUGGAAAGCAUCGAGAAGAGCAGGGAGUCGACCAUGGGCCGGAGGGAGAAUCACUUGGCCCACCUUCCCCUGACGCUGAUGCUGGUCAACAAGAGAGGGGACACGAGCGGCGAGACGCUGCACAGCCUGGUCCAGCAGGGCCAGCAGAUCGCGAGCAAGCUGCAGUGCGUCUUCCUCGACCCCGCGUCCGCGGGCAUCGCCUACGGCCGGAACAUCAACGAGAAGCAGAUCAGCCAGGUUCUGAAGGGGCUGCUGGACUCGAAGCGCAACCUCAACCUCGUCAGCUCCACGUCCAGCAUCAAGGACCUGGCGGACGUGGACCUGCGCAUCGUCAUGUGCUUGAUGUGCGGCGACCCCUUCGACGCCGACGACCUCCUCGCGCCCAUCCUGCAGUCGCAGACGUACCGGCCCUCGCCGUGCGGCAGCAGCAGCUCCAUCCUCCUGGAGCUGGCCGUCGGGCCGCACCGGCGGCGCCUGGAGCUCUCGCUGCUUUCCUACCACUCGUCGUUCAGCGUCAGGAAGAGCCGCCUCGUCCACGGGUACAUUGUGUUCUACGCGGCCAAGCGCAAGGCGUCCCUGGCCAUGCUCCGUGCCUUCCUGUGCGAGGUGCAGGACAUCAUCCCCGUGCAGCUCGUGGCGCUCACCGACGGCGCCGUCGACAUCCUGGACAACGACCUGAGCAGGGAGCAGCUCACCGAGGGCGAGGAGAUCGCCCAGGAGAUCGACGGCAAGUUCACCGCCAUACCCUGCAGCCAGCCGCAGCACAAGCUCGAGAUCUUCCACUCGUUCUUCAAGGACGUGGUGGAGAAAAAAAACAUCAUCGAAGCCACCCACAUGUACGACAACGUGGCCGAGGCGUGCAGCACGACGGAGGAGGUGUUCAACUCGCCUCGGGCGGGCUCGCCGCUCUGCAACUCCAACCUGCAGGACUCGGAGGAGGACAUCGAGCCCCCGACCUACAGCCCCUUCCGGGAGGACCCGGCCGUGCCCGCCCUGCCCAAAGACCACUCGAAGCUCUCCAUGGAGCUGGAGGGGAACGACGGCUUGUCUUUCAUCUCCGUCAUGAGCACUUUUGAAAGCAAGCUGAACAACAAAGUACCUCCUCCGGUGAAACCAAAGCCCCCCGUGCAUUUCGACAUCACGAAGGGGGAUCUGUCGUAUUUGGAGCAGGGCCAUCGGGACGGGCAGAGGAAGUCGGUGUCUUCCAGUAGCUGGCUGCCCACGGACAGCUUCGAUCCCUCCGACUACGCCGAGCCGAUGGACGCCGUGGUCAAGCCGAGGAACGAGGAGGAGAACAUCUACUCCGUGCCCCACGACAGCACGCAGGGCAAGAUCAUCACCAUCCGCAACAUCAACAAGACCCAGUCGAACGGCAGCGGCAACGGCUCGGACAGCGAGAUGGACACGAGCUCGCUGGAGCGGGGCCGCAAGGUGUCGGCCGUUAGCAAGCCCGUGCUGUAUCGGACGCGCUGCACGAGGCUCGGCCGCUUUGCCAGCUACCGGACCAGCUUCAGCGUGGGCAGCGACGACGAGCUGGGCCCGAUCCGGAAGAAGGAGGAAGACCAGAGCUCCCAGGGGUAUAAGGGCGACAACGCCGUUAUCCCCUAUGAGUCGGCGGACGGGGAAGACCCCCGGCGGAGGAACAUCCUGCGCAGCCUGAGGAGGACGACGAAGAAACCAAAGCCCAAGCCCCGGCCGUCCAUCACGAAGGCGAUGUGGGAAAGCAACUACUUCGGGGUGCCGCUGAGCAGCGUGGUGACUGCGGAGAAGCCCAUCCCCAUCUUCAUCGAGCGGUGCAUCGAGUACAUCGAGGCCACGGGGCUGAGCACCGAAGGCAUCUAUCGCGUGAGCGGCAACAAGUCGGAGAUGGAGAGCCUGCAGCGGCAGUUUGACCAGGAUCACAGCCUGGACCUGGCAGAGAAGGAUUUCACCGUGAACACUGUGGCCGGGGCCAUGAAGAGUUUCUUCUCGGAGCUGCCCGACCCCCUGGUCCCGUACAACAUGCAGAUCGAGCUGGUGGAGGCCCACAAAAUCAACGACCGGGAGCAGAAGCUCCACGCGCUGAAGGAGGUGCUGAGGAAGUUUCCCAAGGAGAACUACGAGGUCUUCAAGUACGUCAUCGGGCACUUGAACAAGGUCAGCCACAACCACCGGGUGAACCUGAUGACGAGCGAGAACCUCUCCAUCUGCUUCUGGCCCACGCUGAUGAGACCCGACUUCAGCACCAUGGACGCCCUGACGGCCACCCGCACCUACCAGACAAUCAUCGAACUCUUCAUCCAGCAGUGCCCCUUCUUUUUCUACAACCGGCCCAUCCUCGACACCCCCAGUGCCGCCCCCGGCUCUCCAUCCGCUGCCCCCACCGGUGCCCCUUUCCUCCCCGCCGCGCCGGGCACGGCCCAGCCUUCGCCCCCCCAGACCCCUCCGCCGUCGCCGCAGUCGCCCGUCCAGCCUCUCCUCCCGGCCCCGCUCCACGCGGAGCAGCACUCGCUGUGAGCCGGAGAGAGAGA